AUGGCUAAAAAAAAAUCCGGAAAGCUGCUGGCUGAUUCCACGUCCAUUGACGCCACACUAGACGCUCUGUUUGCAACCAGUUCUGGCCCAGUACAAGCUCCUCCCAAAUCUCGAUACUCUGCGUUGUUGGAAACGGGUUCACCGGGAAAAGCGAAGCCGGGAAGGAAUGACAGCCCCCCACACGAGGAGAAAGAAGACAAAGAUGAUGAACUGUCAAGCAUUAGCCAAGAGUUAGGCUACAAUGACGAAGACCAGGAGGACUGCGCUUCAUCUGUCGACUCGAGCUGCCAGGACGGUAGCGACCAAGUCGAGAAACCAACUGAUGCCUCUGUAUCCAAACGCGAUUCUGAAGAAGGCGGAGAAGUCCAGCAGGCCGAGGGUAGGAGAGACAGGAAACGAAAGAGGAAAGACGGCAACGACGAUUUAGAGGCCAGGUACUUGGCCGAACUGACCAAAAUCGACGACGAGAAGCCACUGGGCAAACGGCAAAAGUCCAGAGAGGAGGAUGCCGGCGCUAGCGACGCUGAUGAUGCUUGUCCGCUUCAUGAAAGCUUGACACAGGAGUCCAAGGACUCGGAUUUCGAAAGAGCUUCCCGGACUGUGUUCCUCUCCAAUGUCUCGACCGAGGCGAUAUUCUCCAAGGCCGCCAAGAGGACUCUCUUAUCUCACCUGACAUCCGCUCUGGACUUGAACGAGGCGCCGGAGCAGAAAUUCGAAUCCAUCCGCUUUCGAUCCGUGGCAUUCUCUACAGGCUCCAUGCCAAAGCGAGCUGCGUACAUCACCAAGUCGCUCAUGAACGCCACCACUCGGUCGGCCAACGCCUACGUUGUCUUCUCGACCGCCGCGGCUGCCAGGCAAGUGACCUCCAAGCUCAACGGCACAGAGGUUCUCGGACGACAUCUCCGAGUGGACAGUGUAGCGCACCCCAGCCCCACAGACCAUCGCCGCUGCGUGUUUGUCGGGAACUUGGGCUUCAUCGACGACGAAACCGUCAUUGUCACAAACGAGGAGGGCGAAAAGGUCGAGAAAAAGCGCACCAAAGUUCCUGCUGAUGCCGAAGAAGGUCUCUGGCGGACCUUUGGCAAAGUCGGCAAGGUCGAAAGUGUUCGGGUCGUGCGAGAUGCCAAAACUAGGGUCGGCAAGGGCUUCGCCUAUGUCCAAUUCUACGAUGCCAACGACGUCGAGGCUGCUCUUCUCCUCAACGAAAAGAAGUUUCCGCCCAUGCUUCCGCGCAAACUUCGCGUUACCCGGGCCAAAGACCCUCGCAAGACGGCCCUCGCUCAGGAACGAACCAGAGCCAAGGCGCAGGCUGCUGAUCGUCAAGCCCGCAGCACCAAGUACACGCCCAAAUUGACGCCGGCGCAACAAGCUGCCGCCGGUCGCGCCAACCGCCUGCUCGGGCGGGGCGGAGGCUUCAUGCACCGCAAACAAGUCGGCACUGAUGCCCAGAACGGGGACCAAUCUUCCCCAAAGCCGGUCUUUGAGGGUAAAAGGGCAUCUAGCAAAGACGGUCGUCCCAAAGACCUCAAGUUCGGAAAGGGCAAAAAGAGCAAAGGCGGGGGGCCUAAGAGCAGGAGUGCGCGGCGAGCUGCUGAAUGGAAGAAGUCCUGA